GUUUGGUUUGCAACGUUGUAUGUUGUAAACAGCUGUAAGUUGCUAGUAGCUGUCUAAACAUAAAGAACACGUUUUUAUUUUCUAUAGUUUAAUCGAAUCUUAUCUUGCAAUAGCUUAUUUAUAGAGGAAAUUUUUAGCAACAACACCGAGGAAAUAAGUGUAUCGCGUAAAAGACUCUAUAUAAGUAAACACAUCUCGUCAAGCAUGCCACCUCAAAGGAAACAGAGGAAAAUAGCUAUAAUGGGCUAUCGUUCUGUCGGUAAAUCAUCAUUGACAAUUCAGUUUGUCGAGAAUCAAUUUGUUGACUCUUAUGACCCUACAAUUGAGAACACAUUUACUAAACCAUGGAAAGUUCGUGGGCAAGAUUUUGAGCUUAAACUGGUUGAUACAGCUGGGCAAGAUGAAUAUGCAAUUUUCCCAGCUCAGCAUUCAAUGGACAUGCAUGGUUAUGUUCUUGUCUACUCCAUAACUUCUGUUCAAAGCUUUGAACUUCUCCAAGUUUUGCUAGAAAAAAUCAUGGACAUGACUGGCAAAAUCACAAUACCUCUUGUUAUUGUUGGUAAUAAAACGGAUCUUCACCGCGAAAGAGUUGUCAGCACAGAAGAAGGUAAAAGACUAGCCGAUACUUGGAAAGCAUCGUUUUAUGAAGUUUCUGCUAGAUCGCACGAGUCUGUCUGCGAAAUUUUUAACAGGCUGAUUACAGAGAUGGAAAAAGCAGACAGCAGUAAUGGGAACGAGAAAAGUAGUUGCGUUAUCUCCUGAGCGGGUACAAAAGGUAGAUGAGUCUACUAGGGCUUAUUCUUUUUUUUUUUUCUUCUAAUAAUAUUAUGCAGUGUUUUCGUAACGACCGUUUUCUGGUUUUCUUGGAUUUGUGUCAAACAACAAGUUAAAGACAUUCAUGGUGAGCGAAAUACAUUUAUCAUUUGUACUA